UACUGUUCUCUAAAGUCUACUGUUCUAUCGUUUGACCUGUGUGACUUUAUGUUCCUGCAGCAGCCUUUAACCUCCACCCAUCAUGGACGAACACACUUUAAAAGUGCUGGUGAAGCUCACUCAGGAGGGGCAGCUAAGCUCUCUGGAGAAACGUAUAACUUUAGGGGGCUCGGCGUCGGCUCAGACUGUCAGCAGCAAACACUUUGGCCGGUCCGGGGACACUCUGCUGCACUACGCUGCCAGGAAGGGACACCUGGACAUUGUGGAGUAUCUAGUAAAGCGGGUAGGCGUGGAUGUGGAGGUGUACAACAACGACUACAAGAGGCCGCUGCACGAGGCUGCUUCCAUGGGCCACCAGGCUUGUGUCAGCUACCUGCUCCGGGAAGGAGCCAAGGUGGACAGUCUGAAGAAAGCUGACUGGACUCCCUUGAUGAUGGCCUGCACCCGGAGAAACCUCGGCGUGAUCCAGGAGCUGCUGUGCCGUGGCGCCGACCCAGCCCUGAGAAACAAGGACGGCUGGAACUCCUUCCACAUCGCCUGCAGGGAGGGCGACCCUCUGGUCGUACAGCACCUGCUUCUCACCGCGCCGGACGUCUGGAGGACGGAGAGCAACACGCGCAGAACUCCACUGCACACUGCAGCGAUGCACGGCUGUGAGGAGGUUGUGAGGAUCUUGCUGGAGAGAUGUGUCUACACCCCAGACUGCACGGACAGCUGUGGAGUCACUCCUUUCAUGGACGCCGUCAGGAACGGACACAUUUCUGUGGCCAGGCUGCUUCUAGAGAAGCACCAGCUGGCGUCUCCAACGGCCGCUGACGCAGUCGGGGCUCAGGCUGUGCACCAGGUGGCUGUCACCGGCCAGGAGGAGGCGCUGUGGUUCCUGGUGAGGGAUCUAAACGUAGACGUGAAUCAGAAGGCGACUGACAUCCAGCUCACGGCCCUGCAUUACGCUGCAAAGGAGGGCCACACGUCCACUAUACAUACACUGCUGGAGCUGGGGGCAGAUCUUCAUGUACGGGACAGAAAGGGAAGAACUGCUUGGAGGUGAUGCAUAGACGGGAUGGAUUGUAUAAAAUGGUCGGGGGAGGCCUUCAGGGCCCCCACGUCCCUGACUCUGACACUCUGACACAGCUGUGGAUCCCAAAGCCACCAGAGGGGGGCAUUCACACACCAACUCAUCCACAAACUGGUUUUCCCACCUUGGAAAUAACGAAACCUCUAUAAACAGUUACUCAUGUGACGCCGUGUGGACCGAGAGGUGGCGGAAAAAGAGAAUCAUCUUUGAAACGUUCAGAAAACUUUUCAUAUUCAUCGUUAAAUAUCACAUUUACUGUAGAUGUAAGAUGUAGAACGCACCCAAGUGCUGUGUUGUCCCAAAAUCUAAUCCCAUCUAAAUCAAAUUUUCUUGAAUAAUAGUUUGGUCUAUAAAAUAUCAGAAAAAUAAAUGUCUUGUAUCUUCAGUCCAAAGAUCUUCAGUUUAAUGAUAUAAAACAGAGAAAAGAAGAUCUCUAUAUUUGAAAGGCUGAAAAAAGCAUUUUCUACCAUUUUUGCAUGAAAAAUGACUAACGGUUAAUCAAUUAUCAAAUAACUGGCGAUAAUCUUUCUGCUGAUCGACCAAUCAAUAAGUCUAUAAGUCGCUGCAGCUCUACUUUCCUCCCUUCUAUGUUCUCAUCUCUUCCCAGCUCUCCAUAUGGCCUGCAUCGGGCAGCAUGCAGACGCCGUCAGGACACUCCUGCAGCUCGGACUCAAAGACUCAGACGACUCAUCAGGCACAGCAGCCCGGCAGCACGCCAGGAAACCAGCCGUAGUGCAAG